UGGCUACGCGCACCAGUGUAUGGUUUGGAUCUCUUGGAGGGAAUAUAGCCGGCAGUCAAUGGCCACAACGGAAUUAUAGCGAGGUCAUGUGUUUUUUUUACGAAGAUGUGUCAAUCGGUUAUGGGAUUUUACAGUCAAGACUCAAAAAGCAUUGUCCGUGCGCGUAGCAGCUAAACGCUCGUUUCUUGUACCGAUUUCCUGAUCACUUUCUCAUUUUGGUCUCUCUCCGAACUCAUUGAAGAGCUGGAAAAGAGCUUGAUUUUGUGACAAUGUGGAAGCUUAAGGAGUCUAUGUUGGGAGGCGAUGAAGACCAAGAAGAGGGCCUCUUGGAUGACGAAUCAGACGGCUUUUGUUCUCUCUCGCCCAUGCAGAGAAUUUAUGGGUUCGCCGCGUUUCUGGUUGCUGGUCUGGCUUGUAUGCUCCUGUCAUUGAUUGUAUUUGCCAAACCCAUCAAAUUUGCAGUACUGUUCACCUUUGGCAAUGUGUUGGCAGUUGGAAGCACAGCAUUACUCAUUGGACCUGGGCAACAAAUGAGGAUGAUGUUUGACUCUACCCGUGUCUAUGCAACUGCUAUUUACCUUGGAUGUGUUGUUAUUGCUCUCAUUUGUGCUCUCUGGAUUCACAACAAGAUUUUAACGAUACUUGCAAUCAUAAUUGAGUUCUGCGCCCUUGUGUGGUACAGUCUGAGUUAUAUCCCUUUUGCUCGGAGAAUGGUUUCCGGACUGAUGGUACGAUUAUGCGACACCGAGCUUUAGAUGACUCAAUUCAACAACUUGAUUAUCUGAGAGACUUGAAAUUUUCGGAUGCAUUUUUUCAUUGUUCUAUUGUUAUUGAUGUUUGAGUUGGCGGAACAGGUUUUGUGCUGGUCCUUUUAGGCUUGUGAUUGUGGUGGUAAAAGAUAAUUGUAAUUUUUUUGGCUACUUAUUCCCAUUCCCAUUGGCAUCUUUUAUUCUGCAAAUCACUCUUUUGGGUGAAGAAGAUGAUAAAACUUAUCCUCUUGCAUUUA